CUCAGGUUCAUGCUCACUUCAGCCAGCGACAUUUCUUUGUGAAGACUAGAACGACUUGUGCUGUGAAUUUGGUGCGCACGACCCUUCUUCCCCCACCUCGCGCUUUUUACCUGUUGUACCUCCAGCACAUGUGCAAUAAUUGAGCCUGAUGAUCUCAUCUGCAGUUACCACUGCUCUCGCAAAUUGAAAGGCAAAGAAGUGGUCCUCAACCUCAUACUACUUACGCGAAAUAAAGCAAGAAAAUGUCCGGCGUAGUGAAGAAGCGGCGCAUUGAGGCGGAGAUCAUCGAGGAUUCCUCUGACGAUGAGGAUGAGGGACCGGCGCUCGGGCAAGAUGCAGCCGGUCUCAAGAGCGGCGGCGGCGUUCUCUUGGGAUCUGGAAAUAAAGCGACAAUCUCCUCGGGUGCAGCAGCUGGGAAGAUCAACAAGACGAAUAGUAUUAAACACCGUUCGGCGUCAGCUGGACAACAAGCCUCGAGUUCCAGCAGAGGAGGAGUGUUGUUGAAGGGAGAUGGGACGAAAGCGAAACAAAGCUUCGCGGCGCAUGCAGGAGAGGACGAAGAAGAGGAGGUAUGCUUCUACCUGAUCAUGUAUGAAGAUCUUAAUCUUGUUCCUGAAUGCAAGAGAGUGAACAAGCCCGCUGUCGCUUGGUGAUCAUACUUACUAUCUAUUUGCAUUCUCGGUACCCAAUUCGACAACUCACCAGGUCGACGCUGACCCGAGCGCGAACUUCGCUGACGUACUAGCCCUGGACCCGGAGGACCCCGGUGCCUUCCAGCGGUACCGGGAGGAUACAGCCAACAAAACCUCUGUAGCCCAGCGCAGGCGGAUGUCGCAAUUUGGCAAAAUUCCAAACUUGACGAAGUUCAAGAUGGAUUUGCUGCAGACGCAGCUCGCGGCCUGGUGCUUGGACGACAGGAAGGAGGCGGGGGAAGAUGAGUCCGGUGAUGCUCACUAUCAAAUCAGACAACUCAUCGCAGCGGAGGGAAAAACCAGAACGGAGAAGAUUGCUAAUUUGCAAGCAAUUUUGGCAAUCAAUACGGGGGGUGAUAAAAAGGUCGCACCAUCGGCGGAGCACGAGCAGUCUUCUGUGAACAAGAAAUCUGCGAAACAAGCAAAAGCUGGCACAGCAGUUGCAACGAGUGAAAGCAGUGGCAACAAGAAGGCGGGCACCGCAAAAGCUGCAUCAUCUUCGUCCAGAGCGACAGCAGAUGUAAACAUGGGCACCUCGGAUGUUGACAACAAGGUUAGCGCCCGACAACGAACGCGAGUCGAAAUUUUCAAAAAGCUGCAGAACUUUCUGGGAGGUAAGCCUUCUGGAACAAGUAGUGCUGGUAAUGUAAACCCAUCCGGGUCGACGUCCUCCUCCGCUUCUACAGCGAGAACACCUGCGGCAGAACAAGGAAAUGAAACGACCCCCGAGCAAGCAAAACCCAAACCUGCCGGCUCCCCAUCAUCUUCAAACACCAUCCGUCUCGCGGAGGCCCUCGGGAGAGGCCCGCAAUUUGAUCCAGAGCUGGACGGCCAACUUUUCAUGUCCGAGGCCGCGAAGCGGCUGCAGCCCUGCUCGGAGAAGCAGCAGCACGCGCAGCAGGCGAUUUUUUUCUUGAAGAUGAAAAUUUUGGCGGAAAAUCUACGGGCAAAGCGGGUUCUUUCCUCUGCGGGCGGGUGGACUGCGGAACAGGCGGAAAGACAUCUAAAGAGGGCGGUGGAGAAAAGUCUGCUCGGCGGGCGGGGUGGUAGUACUGUUGCGGAGGGUGAAGAUUUUGAAUCGGAAGAUUUCUGUGCGGACACAACCGGCACAGGCGGAGCUGGGACGGCUGCUGGUCGUGUGUUGUCGUCUGCUGCAUCAGGCGCAACUUUCUCCAGCAAGGACCUGGUGCAGCGUAUCCAAGAAAAAAAAGCUGUAAAAUGUAGUAUGCUCUUUCGAUGCUAGAGCUAAAUCUGGCAUGACAGCAAAAUAAAACUGUCAUGCGCACACCACAUAGUACAACUUCAACAUCAACUACAGAAAUGAAUAAACGCACGUGUUGAAUGCAGAUGCUCGACCUUACGGUUUUUACGGCACAUGACCAGCAUGACAGACGCAAUCACAUUGCGUGUUGCGCAUUACAAUCUUUUUUUUCUUGGAUUCACCGAUUGAGCGAGGCGGAGUACCGGGCCUUGUUUCGGCCCGCGCACCAGAACGCCGAGGACAUGCUGUACUUGGCGAAAGUAGUCGCGAAUUCCGGAGCUUCGCAUCCGGAGGAGACCGCGAAAUUUGUCCGCGCGGCUUUGAAAGACCACCCCGGCGUGGAUUCGCAGGGACUGGAUCGCAAGGCGCAGCCCCGCUUGGACAUGUCCAGGUUCGAAAAGGAGAGAAGUGCGCAAGAUGAACAUCUUCGCUUUGCUGGUACUAAAGCUGGUUCAUCAGCGGGUGGGGGCGUCGCUGCGGGCGACCACGUAGCUGCACAAGACAUCAGGAACCAUAAAACUGCAAGUGACCACUCCAGCAGCAGUCAAGAGCUCUACGGAGCGGAUGAAAACCGAAGCUGGCACUUGUUCUACUCCGACGGUCAGCUCGCGGGGGUGAAAUUUCCACCGACACCAGCAGCCGCGAACAAAACGAAAGCCGAGCAGCAAGGCGGAAAUUCGGCCGCUCUGGGUGGUGCCGGUACACCGUCGUCGAGUACAACGGCGCAAGCAAGCACGGGCAGCACUCCAUCCUCCAGCUGGAUCACGAGAGUAGAACCUGCGCCGUCGGCCUUGGCAGUCUGCGCCAAAUUCGCAUUGCUGGUUUACGAUGACAAAUUUUGCCUCUUCGACACGGAAACCGGGGAGAGAAUUAUAGGGCAACAUGGUAAAGGAACAACAGAUACGGCCAUACCAGGGCGAGAAGUACAACCACCAGCACUAGGUGCGGAAGAUUUGUUCUACACGAUACCCCACACGCAACCGCCGCACGCAGGUAUCAGCACGACAGGCUCUUCAUCAUCUGCUGCUCGGACGAUGACGAAGGUGAACAACAUCAAGUCAGUCGCUGUCUGCUCCCGGCGGUUUAUGAUUCUUACGAAGGAUCACUGGUUGUUUUGUUGGACGUUUUGUUCGAAGAGUCCUGACCUCGGAAAUAAGAAGGAGGAUCGGACGGACCCGACAUCAAGGCCCCAACCGCAACCUGCGAUGUCCUCGGCUUCUACAGUUGCAAAUAAUCCGCCACCGCAAAAAUCCAAUUCAGAGCUGCCAGUUGUGUCGUUUUUCUUCCAGCACCGAGUUUCCCACUUCCCGCCGAUCACCGCUUUGGGAUUUGGCAAGCAGCCCGACUACCUUCCGUACGUUCGCACAAUAGGAAAGUGCGGCACGACGAAAGUUACGUCGCCGACAAGACAGACAAGAAGUGACGAGCACAGCGAGAUAAAAGCAAGAAGGGGCGACAAUUCAUCCCGCGACGUCAUUGCGGUAGGAAAGAAGGAGUCCGAGGUGGUGCACCACGUUGAUGCGCUUGGCGAAGGACUGAUUCCCGCCCUGUAUAUCUACUCCCCGUUUCUCAAGGGCUUCCACUGCAUUCUCGAGAACGACCCCUCCCCUGCUACCUUUUUCGGGUACAGCCUCUUGCAAGACCGGUUUCGUGCGAACCAGAUUUUGGACCGCUUUCUACUCGCGGCGUGCGCGCAAGACGAGUAUGGCGCGCUGCGGAGGCGGGAACUGCAGCUGUUCAUGCGGGAGGUGCGACUUUGCAGCAGCAAUGCGGCACUGAGCGUGCAGGAGCUGCAUGCGCAGCGGAGGAGAAACCUCGGAAAUUUUUAUGCCGCCGAACUCGACGAUAAGGAUAGCCUGCCUACACAUAAUGAUCAGCAGACAAAGGACAACAACAGUUCUUCUCCACAGUUAAACGAGGAUUUAUUUCAUCCGAUGCAGGCACAGAAGAAGUUUUUCGUUCAGCGCAUGGAGGAAAUGUACCUGCAAUCCGGGCACUCCUUUCUGACCCACUGGCUCCUACCGAAGCUCGCGCGCCUUCAGGGCCCGCUGGUCCGGCUGUAUGAGGCGGAGGUCACCCACCCGGACACGAUCCGCGGGGGGCGGCUGGUGCGGGAUCUGGCGGAGCGAAAAGCAAAGUUCGGGAUCGCGGAGACAGGACACUACCCAAGCCUAUUUUGAGGAGCUAAUUACGCGACAAGAAGACCAGGGCUGCACGAAAUUGUUGUGCGCUUUACUUCAACAUCUUUUGAUUUCCAGCAGGACUUCGUCGUGCCGGCGGUCCGGCCGCUACUACAUAGAAAAAAGUACAGUGAUCAACUCGUCAUCUCUGACUAGUAUACAACAGAUAUAGCAAGCGUGAUCAAAGGCAAGGGCAAGAAAGAUGACGAGUCGUACCAGAAGCGAAAUAGUACUUGAGCCACAACCUGUCGUUGUGUUGGAAUCGGACAUGAUCAAGCGACAAAGGCAAAGAAGAUUCUUCAUCUUGUGUCAGAAGACCAGGAG